AUGAACGUUAACCCUCACUUGCAGUAUCUCCUGCAACAAGCUACACAGCCUGGCCAAGGCGCAGCACAAUCCCCACAAUUGGCACAGCUUCAACUUCAACAACAGAGACAAUUGCUCAGUCAACAUUUACAACAGACUUCUACAAACCCUCUCCUUGCAGCAAUAGGCCAACCAUCAUCUCAACAACAAUCGACACCCCAUCAGCAACAACAGCAGCAACAACAGCAGCAACAACAGCAGCAACAACAGCAACAGCAGCAACAACAACAACAGCAACAACAACAGCUUCUCCAACAGCAACAGCUUCUCCAACUCCAACAACAACACCUUCUUCAACAACAACAACAGCAGCAGCAACAACAACAACAGCAACAACAGCCACCUCUCCAGCAUACACUCCCACCACAUCUUGUCUACCCAACCCCUAUCCCGCCAAUUAUUAAAGAAGUAUGGGCCCACAAUUUGGAACAUGAGUUCCAAACUCUCAGAUCAUUUAUUUCCGAUCCUACUUCUUCAAUCUACAUAACAAUUCAUCAGGAGAUUCCUGGGAUUGUAGCAAGACCAGUGGGUACUUUUAAAUCAUCUUCAGAUUACCAUUUCCAAACCCUUAGACUGAAUAGUGAUUUGUUGAACCUCAUUCAAUUGAGUCUUUGUGUCACCAAAUCUUCAAAUACUCCAACCAAUUCUUCAACUUCUAAUUCCUCCCCUACUUCAAAUCCUCCAGCUGGGGUACUGGUGAUCUUCCAAUUCAAUUUUUUGUAUGAUUUGCUGACUGAAAUGUAUAAUGAAGAACAUCUUGCCAUGCUUGCUCAAACAUCGCAAGUAAAUUUCAAUCUUCAUGCAACUCAAGGAAUUCCUCAUCAUACAUUUGCAGAAUUAGCAAUCGAGCUGGGUCUUUUACUUGACCAAAGAGUCAAUUGGAUCUCUUACCAUGCAGGCUAUGACUUGGGAUUCCUUGUUUCCCUUUUAGUGAAUGAUUCAUUACCAGUAGAAGAAAAAGAUUUCAAUUGGUGGGUAUCUAAAUAUUUCCCAAAUUUUUUUGACUUGAAAUAUUUAGGAGGUGAACUUUUAGAUAAAUCCACAGGAACUCCAGGAGGUGGAGUUGGAGGUGCUGGUGCCGGUGCCGGUACAGGAGUGGGUUCAGGAGCCAUGGGAGGAUCAGUUGGAGGAAAUGUGGGUGGUGGACCUUCAGGAGGUGCUUCUAAUAUCUCUAGUUCAUCUACAAAACCUUCCAUUGAAUAUCUUGCAGAGGAGCUUCAUUUACUCCCAAUUUCUCCACUCAUCCGUCAAUAUUUCUUUUCGUCUCUGCAACAGUUCCCUGGUCAACAUCAACAAAUGACUCUGACACUUCAUGCAUAUCUUCUGAUGGAAUGUUUCAAAGAAUUACUUCGAGUUUCAGGCGGUAAUCGUAAUACUUCUGCUCUUCUCAAUCCAUAUAGAGGGGUAAUCUGGGGCCUUGGAAACGGUGGCAAUGGUGCUGGAAAUGGUACUUCUGAUUUUGAAUCGAAGUCUGGAGUUGUACACUUUGGUAGACAAUUAUAG